AAGUUAACUGUCAAAAUCUGUUUAUUGUGUUUUAGUGUCACGAUCUCGUGUGCGCAAAUUGGAUUUUUGGCGAUUUCUUACGGUUCUUGUGUAUAGUUUGUGAGUUUUAACGUGAAAGUUGUAAUAUCUAUCAAUAAUAUAAUGGACGUCUACGGUUAUCCUCCGUAUCAAUAUACGCAAUCAGACGAACUAACGCAACAGAUAUUUGCGCACCAAGCUCUAUCGUCUUCGGCCCCUUACCAUCGUGAAAUGUCUGGUCCAAGUGUAAUGCCUGCGCCAUCCGGGACUCCAUGGAACAUGCAUGGAAUGCCUUGGGGCAUGCAAUCUCCACCACAUUUGGUUCAUUUCACAGCACAGACACCUCCAUUGGAAAAUAAAAUAUCGCCUUUAGUUCAUUGCAAGCGAAAGAAUUUGGACGUUGAGCCUGCUAUCCCUGCUAAGCAGUUGAUCACCGAAGAGAAAAUGGCCGCUCAUCUCAAUGGCUUACACAUAUCCUCUGAAUACACCCCACACCAACUAGCUUCUGAAGAACUGAUGGAUGUAAACAUGGAUAGCACUGCAGUCCCGUCAGUAUCUAAUAUAAACCAAAAAGUUAAGGACAAAUUCACAGUGGUACUAUCAGAGGAGGUCAAGAAAAUACAGAGCGAGCCAUUGUUGCCUCCUUCACUCAUUGAGAGAUUAGAAAAACCUCACAUGUCAUUAGUAGUUUGGAAACCCAAGGAAGACAUCUUAAAGAUAAAAGAAGUGACCAAUAGUGAGGAGAAAAUACUGAAAGAUGAAGAGGAACAACCCAAGAAGAGGAAUGGAGUGUUGGUUAUAGAACACAAUGGUAUGGAUAUGGAAAUGUUAUAGUGUCUACGACCUUUCCUGUGGUAUUUGCUUUAAAUGGACUUAAAAUAGUUUUUAAAACAUCUUUUUUUCUACCUUGAUUAAGACAAUAAGUUUUAAAAUUUUAAUUCCUGUCAUUGUUAUAUACAGGGUGUUACAAAAUCUGUACAUACAUUUGAAGUGGCCAUAUUAACAUGAAACUUUGCAUAAAGGAUCUCCCAAGGUACUUCCUAAGUGUUGUAUUUUUAUUAAUCUUUUAUUAAUUAAUAAAAAAAUAUUAAUUAAUCAAAUUAAUUAUUCGGUAUUUUGUAAUACCUGUAGAAAUACUUGCUACAGUUUAUAUGUAUUCAUGGAAAUCCAUCCAAUUUGCAGAUUGCAAUAUAUGCAAGUUAUAUGUAAAAACAUGCUUAGUACAACACACUGACAAUGUAUCUUAUUAACAAAUUAAACUGUUGCUCCAUGCAUAGAAGUGACAAAUCAAAGUUAAGGCAUAUUGUUAGUGGGAGAAUCAAUCUAAUAUCCAACCACAUAACUACAAUAAUUGUAUUAAAGGAACUUAGCACUAACAUUGAAAUAAAAAAGAUUCACGCUACAUCCUGUUAAUAUAAUUUAUGUAGUUAUGUGCUCAAAGCACAAAAGUUUAAAAACACUAUCCAACCACACUCCAACUCCCACACAGGAUGAAGCCUGUGUUUAUAACAAUGUUUGUUACUUCUUUUCAAGUCAAAAUAGCAAACAAUUAUAUUAAUUUAGACCAGUAAUUAGCCACAUCAUGUACUUUGCCAUUGGCCUCAGAUUUUUUAUAGAGCAGGAGAAGGGACAAUUUGGGCAAGACAGAAGAUGACCCAUAACAACAUGUUUGUUAAUUUAUCAUGCAAAAUAUAUUGGAGGAAAUUUAUGCAUGGGUAGCAUAUAAUCGGGAAUAGCAAUACAUAGCAGAGCAACCCAACCUGUAUGUGAAACCUCAGACAGAAAAACUGUUCACCGAAUUUACAUGUUAAUUGACAUCUCUACGCCCCACUGUUUUAACUCCCGGUAUAUAAGAUACUUUGUGUAUUCCAGGUUAUAUUCUACCCUUAGUGUGUGGCACAGUAUAACAAAAUAACGAAUUUUAACAUGAAUAUUGUGUAAUGUAAAUAAUAUGUACUGAUUUUAGUUUAAUUUUAUCAUGGCUGAUCGGCAGCACAAUUUUUAAGGAUAUAUGGUAUAUUUGUUUUACUAAGUUGUAAAUUUGUAUGAACACAGUAUUUAAGAUUGAGUGUACGUUAGUUCGUGUGUAUUGUUAAACAUUAAUGAAUAAAAGUGAUGUUAUUAUAAA